AUGUCGAAAGAUAAUACACAAGCUAUUUUAUCUUUUGAACAAUUGAAAAAUUUCUAUGAAAAUUAUCAAAAAGACAAAAGAAAUCUUGUAGCUCAAUCGGCAUGUUGUCAACAAUCACUUACGGAUGUUAUUGUCAAUCGACAAACACGUUUUUCAUCGGUUCAUGUGUUCAAUACAAAGAUUUCAGUCGAAGGCCGUCCUGUAACGAAUCAAAGAGCUUCAGGUCGUUGUUGGAUAUUUGCUUGUUUAAAUAUAAUGCGAAUUCACUUAAUGAAAGCACUUAAAGUUCAAGAAUUGGAAUUAAGUCAAAACUAUCUUUUUUAUUAUGAUAAAAUUGAACGAUGCCAUUAUUUUCUUAUGUCAGUUAUUGAAUUAGCAAAAAAGAAAGAAUCAAUACAUGGUCGACUUAUGCAAUAUCUUUUAAAAGAAUUACUCAUUGAUGGAGGCCAAUGGGAUAUGCUUGUUAAUUUAAUAAAUAAAUAUGGUGUUGUACCAAAAAAUGCUUUUCCUGAAAGUUCGUCAUCUGAGGCAGCUCUGCUUAUGAAUAAAUUUCUUCGUACUAAAUUACGUGGAUUUGCUCAAGAAAUUUUUGAAUUAGUUGAAAAAGGAAAUACCAAAGAUAGUGAUUUAAUGAAUCGUGAAGUUGAAAUGAUGAAAGAACUUCAUCGAAUUAUUACAACAUGUCUUGGUUCCCCACCAGAUCAAAUAACAUUUGAAUAUUAUGAUAGUUCAAAACAGUAUCAAAAAAUUGGUCCUAUUAGUCCAAUUGAAUUUUAUAGACAAAUUGUUAAACCGGUCUAUAAUGUGGAUAAUAAAAUAUGUCUUGUGCAUGAUCCUCGAGUUUCACAUCCAUAUGGACAUUUAUAUACGGUUGAAUAUCUUGGAAAUAUUGUUGGUGGUCGAAAUACUUUAUACAAUAAUCAACCUAUUCAAGUACUUAAACAAGCCGUAUAUGAUUCAAUUGCUGCUGAUGAACCUGUUUGGUUUGGUGUUGAUUUUGGUAAACAUAUGCAUGCUAAAUAUGGAAUACUAGAUCUAAACAUUUUUGAUACUCAACUUUAUUUUAAUUCGCAUUUUCCAUGUCAAAAUAAAGCAUCACGAUUAGAAUAUGGUGAAUCAUUAAUGACACAUGCUAUGGUAUUUACAGGUGUUCAUGUUGAAAAACGUUUAUCAAAUGAAAUGAAAGAUCAAAUUAAAACAUCUGAUAAUGAAAUAAGUCAACCUGAUGAUUUACAGUUUAUUCGAUAUCGUGUGGAGAAUUCACAUGGUGAUGAUAAAGCUGAUAAAGGUUAUGUUAUUAUGACUGAUAAUUGGUUUAAUGAGUAUUUAUAUGAAGUUGUUGUUGAUAAAAAAUAUCUUUCAAAAGAUAUUGUUGCUGUUCUUGAUCAAGAAGCAAUUACUUUAGAAGCAUGGGAUCCUAUGGGUGCCUUAGCUAAUUUUUAAUUUAUUCAAUUAAAAGCAUUUUCUACUCAAACUGAAUCAAUUAUUGAUUUAUAUAAUAAGAUUAAUGAAAAAGGUUCGUUAGCUGAUGGUUUAUCACUUAAUGAACAAGCACAAAUACAACUUAAAACAAUAAAUACUAUUCGAUUAUUACCAUUAAAAUAUAUUUCAAUUAAUAAAUUUGUAUUAUUUUUUAAUAUUAGUUUAAAUAAAAUACAAACAAAUGAAGAAGUUAAAUUAAUUGAAUUUCGUUUAAAAUUAAAAUCUAAUCAUAAUCAUAUAAAUGUUUAUCGAAAAAAAUUAAUAUUAAUUAUUCGUAAAAACUUACAUAACAAACAACGAUUUCAUCCUAGAAUAAUUUCAAAAGAACAAAAUGAAUUUAUUUCAUAUGAUUUAACAAAUUAUUUAUAUCAUAAUUCAACACAACAAAUAUUAAUUAUUCGUCGACAAUUAUGGUUAAGAAAUUAUUUUCAACAAGCAUCUCUUAUUAUUUAUUCUCGUACACCUGGAAUUUUUCUUCUUCCAUCAUCAACUAUUCGAACAAAACGAUCUAUUAGACACCAACAAAUUCGAAGUCCAUGUUCACGUUAUGAUCUAUUUAUUGAUUUUAAUCAAUUAUCAUUUGGUGCAUGGAUUAUUGAACCAAAACGUUUUAAUGCUGGUAUAUGUCGUGGUGAUUGUCCAAAUCCAUUAUCAAGAUUAUUUUAUCCAACAAAUCAUGCUAUGUUAUUAAGUCUUUUACAUGAACGUGGAAAUUCUAUUCAACAACCAUCUUGUGUACCUGUUCGUCUUCGACCACUUGAUUUACUUUAUUAUGAUCGACAAGAAUUAGUUAUUAAACGACAUCAAGGAAUGCAAGUUGAAGAAUGUGGUUGUCGAUAA